GCCAUGGCCGCUCCGGCACCGGCCCGCCUGCUGUUCCGGGCCGCCGCCGCUCCCUCCCGCCGCUGGUUCCUCUCCGCUUUGCCGGCAGUGGGGACAGGGCCGAGCUGCAGCGCCGCGGCCGUGAGAGCGUUGCGACCGCUCAGCCUCUCGGCCCGGACGGCGCGCAGCUCAGAAGAUAAAAUAACUGUUCAUUUCAUCAACCGCGAUGGUGACAAGCUAACAGCCAAAGGAAAACCUGGAGAUUCAUUGCUGGAUGUUGUUGUUGAUAAUAAUCUAGACAUAGAUGGUUUUGGUGCAUGUGAAGGAACGUUAGCCUGUUCAACUUGUCAUUUAAUCUUUGAAGACCACAUAUUUGAGAAACUAGAUGCAAUUACUGAUGAAGAGAUGGACAUGCUAGACCUGGCAUAUGGUCUCACGGAAACAUCACGUUUAGGCUGCCAGAUCUGCUUGAAGAAGUCAAUGGAUAAUAUGACUGUUCGAGUACCAGAAGCUGUUGCUGAUGCUAGACAAUCAGUAGAUUUGAGUAAAAACUCCUGAAAGAAAGCAUCAUAGGAGUUUUGAAGAAGCUUGAUUAUUUUUAUAACUUAUUUUUAAAUGUGUAAUUAAAUAUGGAAACUUACAUAAUUGUGAGUUAUUUUAUAUGACUAUCUGUACUAGAUUAAUGCUAUUUUAAUUUUUCUUUAUAGAACCACCUAUAUUUUUACGCUGCAGAUGCAAUAAUACUUCUAACUGAUGAUUGGACUAUAAAUGCUAACAAGUGUAUUACAGAUUUCAUAUAAUUUUACUCUGCCAAAACCUUUGUUGAUGACUGAGAACUGAAUCACUUCUACAAGACUUGCAGAACCCCUGGGCAUUGCUAGGUGUCAGGCCUAGAUCUGUUAGCAGGACUUGUGAGGCUGCAGGUCUUUUUCAAAUGUUGCUUUUAAAGAUACAUGCUCAGAACUAAUCUGCUUUCUUAGUGAGUAUGAUACUUCCUUUGCAAGUAGUGGAUUUUCAGGAUAGUUGUGUCCCAAAUUUAUGAAACUUACUAGAGAUGUGGCAAAUCCCAUCUCACAAAAAUACUGUUAAAACCAUAAAAACGAGGGGCCAGUGCAGAACAUGGGCACAUGCAGCUUGGUUUUCGCAGCACGCCGCAACUGUGGAGAUUGACGUGGCUUCCAGAAAAGGCUUGGAGCUGUUCAGCAGGAACUAAAUGCAAACUCCUGCCAUUCUCUGAAGUUGGAUAGCCGAAUUGAGAUUGAAAAGAGCAUGGUUUGUCAACAGAAACUUUGUUCUGAAGUAUAUUUUUCCCAUAAAGAUGCACUAGAUUUCUCAGAAGGGGUGGUGGGACACCGAUGGUGGAUUAUAAUGGAGAUUAAUGUCUGAGAAAGUUCAGUUGGGUCUUAUUUCUGUUGUUCUAAAGUAGGCUAAAAUGAAAUAAUGUGUCUAAGAGGUAUAUUGGUUUACCUGCUCUGUUGUCAAAAUAACUAACUGCAAUGGUUGUCACUAAUACAGUAGUUAUUGCUGUUACAACACUCUUCUAAGAUUUGGGGCAUAUUUUAAUGUAUGUAAUGUUUAUUUACAUUUGAAUGAUUUAAUGCAUUCAUUAAUGCUUUGUUUGAACUGGUGACAAUGAUGCCUAGGCAUCUUUACCUGCAUUAUUUAUUGUAUUUACAGAGAGGAAAAAAAAACCACCAACUACUAUUUUUCUAGUGUUGAGUAUUGAAAUUAUUUUGAACUUCAUUGGGAGGGGGUUAGGGCAGAAAGUCCCUGUUAGAAAAAUGAAUAUUUUCUAGAGCUUUAUUGGAGAAAAUGGAUCCAGUUUGGGGUCCUUGAUUUCCUCUCUCAGCAGGUGUUCCUUUGUUUUGUGAUGCUCACUUUGGACUUCCACUUAAAGCAAGGUAUGCUUAAUGUGCAGGAUUGCUCAGAGGACAUUAGGGAGUUGGAAAUUUGCUCUGUAUCUCAUCUAAUUACAAGUACAACUUCAGAGUUGAAAUUUCCUGGUUUUUUGAAAGCUGGAGAGAAUGACAUUGUAGAAGUGUUCUGAAGGUACCGCUGUCUUCCUUUGUAACUGCUAUGAGCAGCUGUAAUUUAGAGGUUACCCUUCCACAAUAGCACGAGCUCAUGUCUGUGUUGCCUUUAUCACAGUUGCAUUUAUACACUGCAGUUCUUAUUAAGGAUUAAACUUUUAUAAUUUUUACAUGAGAUGCAGCUCCUUAGCUUCCAAGAGUGAGAACUCGGAUCGUAACCAGAUGUGCUGUGUCUUACAUGAGGAAGAAUCUGAAGUUUCAGGAGAUGUGCCAUUUCAGGGUGGAGUGUGUUUGUGGGGCUCUCUGUUAUUACAGCACCAGGCACUUCUCCUGGAGGGAAUCCUGAAGUGCUUAACACUGUCCUGAACAAAUGUGAAAAGGCUCUUGUCCAAGUUUUCCUUCAAAUACAAGAGAACAACCUUGGUUUACAUAUGCUGCUUCUUGUUACAAAGAGUUUGAGUCUCCUAUAACUGUGCCAAUGGAAGGAACAGCAGGACAAGACACGCACAAAAAAAAACCCUUCGAAGCUUCAUUUGAACUCUGGAAGUAUUCCAUGGUUCGUAUAAAUAGAAAUCUCAGAAGACAAAAGAAUGGGUCUGCGAUCCCCAACACGCACAUCUCACAUAUACUUGUUUCCUUCUUGUCAAAGUGAUUUGCAAAUAAAUCUUAUUUUAUACCA